GCGCUGGCCACGGUGGGUGAGGCCUUGGCAUCACAUGCCAAGUCGACUAAAGAGGAGGCGUUGGCCACUGUGGGAGAGGCACUCGUCUCUCACGCCGAUGAGAAGCACACGGAGGCUUUGACAGCCGUGGGUGAUGCUCUUGCAUCGCAUGCCCGUGCCGCUGAGGAGGAGGCCUUCGCUGCGAUUGGAGAGGCGCUCGCCUCUCAUGCGUCUUCCAAAGAAGCAGAGGCUUUGGCAAAGGUUGGCGCUGCGCUGGCGUCACAUGCGAAAGCCACCGAAGAGCAGGCCUUGGCUGCUGUGGGAGAGGCGCUGGCCUCACAUGCCAAGGACAAGGAGCAGGAGGCACUGGCCGUGGUGGGUGAAGCCUUGGCAUCACAUGCCAAGUCGACUGAAGAGGAGGCGUUGGCCACUAUGGGAGAGGCACUCGUCUCUCACGCUGAUGAGAAGCACACGGAGGAG